ACAUCCGCCACCACCCCCACUACAUCCGCCACCACCCCCACUACUACAUCCUCCACCACCACUACUACAUCCGCCAUCACCCCCAUUACUACAUCCGCCACCACCCCCAUUACUACAUCCUCCACCACCACUACUACAUCCGCCAUCACCCCCAUUACUACAUCCUCCACCACCACUACUACAUCCUCCACCACCACUACUACAUCCGCCACCACCCCCAUUACUACAUCCGCCACCACCCCCAUUACUACAUCCGCCACCACCCCCAUUACUACAUCCUCCACCACCACUACUACAUCCGCCACCACCCCCACUACAUCCGCCACCACCCCCAUUACUACAUCCGCCACCACCCCCAUUACUACUACAUCCGCCACCACCCCCAUUACUACUACAUCCGCCACCACCCCCAUUACUACAUCCGCCACCACCCCCAUUACUACAUCCGCCAUCACCCCCAUUACUACAUCCUCCACCACCACUACUACAUCCGCCACCACCCCCAUUACUACAUCCGCCACCACCCCCACUACAUCCGCCACCACUACAUCCUCCACCAUUACUACAUCCUCCACCACUACUACAUCCGCCACCACCACCACUACUACAUCCGCCACCACCACUACUACUACAUCUGCCACCACUACUACUACUACUACUACAUCCUCCACUACUACUACAUCCACCACUACCACAUCCUCCACUCUUACUACUAGAGGUCAACCGAUUAAUCGGAAUGGAGAUUAAUUAGGGACGAUUUUAAGUUUUCAUAACAAUCGGAAUUCUGUAUUUUUGGACGCCGAUUUGAACGAUUUUAUUAUUUUAUUUUCUUCACACCUUUAUUUGAACUUUUUUUAACGAGGCGAGAAAACAUUCUUAUUUUCAAUGACGGCCUAGAAACAGUGGGUUAACGGGCCUAGGAACAGUGGGUUAACUGGCCUAGGAACAGUGGGUUAACUGGUCUAGGAACAGUGGGUUAACUGGUCUAGGAACAGUGGGUUAACGGGCCUAGGAACAGUGGGUUAACGGGCCUAGGAACAGUGGGUUAACUGGCCUAGGAACAGUGGGUUAACUGGCCUAGGAACAGUGGGUUAACUGGCCUAGGAACAGUGGGUUAACUGGCCUAGGAACAGUGGGUUAACUGGCCUAGGAACAGUGGGUUAACUGGCCUAGGAACA